ACCAUACUAGGGUUAAUCACCCACUGUUAAUCAGUAAAUGGUUAGCUAAAAUAUAAUUUUGUUUGGUUAAACAUUAAUGGAUGUUGUUUAAGUUUGUUGUGCAAUCUUUCUUAAACUAACACAGUAAGAGAAGUAAGUUAACUGACAUCAACAUGGUUGAAUUUGCAGAGAUCCUCAGGAACAUUGGAGAAUUUGGAUUAUUCCAGCAGCUCACUCUUUUUGCUCUUUGCUUCCCAAAUUUCUGUCAGUCUUUUCUAUUCGCAAGCUUUGUUUUUAUCGAGUCAGAUCCAGAGCGACACUGUAACACAGACUGGAUCCUUCAGGCUGACACUAACAUCACCAGAGAUGAGCAGCUGAACCUAACUCUGCCCCGGGAGGAGGAUGGGACCUUCAGCAGGUGUCAGAUGUUUGUCCCUGUUGACUGGGACAUUGGUGCCAUCAGGAAGUAUGGACUCAAUGAGACCACAGGGUGCCAGAACGGAUGGGUGUACAGCAACAUGCUGUAUAAGGCCACCAUAGUCACUGAUUAUGACCUGGUUUGUGACAAGGCUAAAUUGGUGGAAGUGGUUCAAGCAGUGCUCAUGGCUGGAGUUCUUGUCGGUUCUCUCAUAUUCGGUCCCUUUGCUGAAUCGUUUGGUCGCAAACGAGGAUCUCAAAUAUCAUUGGUCAUAAUAUUCAUAUUUAUUAUAACAACAGGGCUGUGCCCCAGUGUCUACUUAUAUUUAGUUUCUCAGUUCAUGGUGGGAGUUGGAGCUGGUGGAUAUCGCGUCAACUGUAUUGUACUAGCCACUGAGUGGAUUGGGGUGUCCAAACGAUCAUGGGGAGCAUGUGUGGUUCAGCUAUGUAGUGCAGUUGGAAUGUGUACCCUCGCUGGUUUGAUCUACUUCAUCAGAGACUGGAGGCUGGCUCAACUAAUCACGGCAGCUCCACUUAGCGUGGUUGUUAUCUACAUAUGGUUUAUUCCAGAGUCAGCCAGAUGGUUGUUAAGCCGAGGAAGGACUGAGGAGGCUAAAGAGCUAAUUGCCAAGGCAGCAGCCAUCAACAAACGCACUGUUCCAGCCUUUCUUCUGGACAAAAUUGCUGUGAAAGAUGUUAGUAACAAAGGAGGCAUUAAAGUUAUUUUCAGAUCACCUGUACUGACCAAAUAUUUCCUCAUCAUAACUUUGGCAUGGUUUUCAGUGAACCUUUCCAUUUACUGCAUUUACUUCAAUGUGGGAAACCUUGGCUUGAACAUCUUUCUGACACAGCUUUUGUUUGGUGCCAUUGAAAUACCAGCUCAUAUACUUUGUAUGUGGCUUUUGGAGGUUAUAGGAAGAAAAAAAUUGCUUGGAUCAACCAUUAUCACUGCAGGACUCUCUUGCAUGCUUAUCCUAGCUGUUCCUCAAGAAUAUUCCAUUGCUGUAACAUCUUUGGCCGUCUUAUCACGUUUUUUCCUGUUGUGGGCUGUUUCUGUAUGUAAUGUUUUUGUUCAGGAGUUGUUCCCAACAUCUGUUAGACAAACGGCCACAGCUUUAGGAGCCAUUGCAGCAAGAACAGGUGGAUUACUGGCUCCACUGCUCAACAUGUUGUCCAUGUACCACCGGGUCAUACCCAUCAUAGUCUUCAGCAGCCUUGCACUGUUCAGUGGAGCUCUCAGCUUCCUGCUUCCUGAGACCAGGAGAAAAGACCUUCCUGAGUUUGACAAUGACGCUGAGAACAACAGAAAAAGGACCUACACAGCCAGUUCUUCAGAUUCAACCAAGCUGUAGACAUCUUCAAUCCACACAGAAGUCAUUACUUAACAACAUAUGAACAGAUCAAAAGCAGCAGUAGAAAUUAUAGUUGUGUAAACACAAUGAUUUCUUACCUUUUGCUUUUGUUUUCUUAUGCCACUUAAUUUAUCAUUAAGUAUUUAAAGUUGACUUGUCAUUAAGCUAUCAAUAAAUGGUGAUUUUUUUGUUCUGAAUUGGGCUCAUUUUGCACUGUGCAUCCGGAAAGUUUUCACAGCGCUUCACUUUUUCCUUAUUUUGUUAUGUUACAGCCUUAUUCCAAAAUGGAUGAAAUUCAUUAUUUUCCUCUAAAUUCACAACAAUACCCAAUAAUGACAACGUGAAAGGAGUUUGAAAUCUUUGCAAAUUUAUUAAAAAUAAUAUAGCAAAAAUAACAAAGAAGUACAUGUAUACUUUUUUUUAAAUGACUCUGUAUAUGUGAAUUAAAGGUAUGUGCUAAUCAAA